ACUUCUGGCUGAUUCACUUUUGAAGUAAACAGAUACAUAUUAUUGUUCGUCGACCCUCGCCCUCCUCCUCGUCACCAUGGUCUUCGAAUGGAUCAUAGAUAGCUUCCCCCCCCAUGGUAGUUAUGGGUCUCUUCGCCGUCUUCCGGAUGCCAUUCGGGCUUGUGAAGUUGCCCACGCGCCAGUUUUAUGCACCUCAUAACACCACUUCGAACCCUACCAUCGGCGCGUUGACGCCCGAGUAUAACGCCGUAAUUGCAUUGUAUUCAACGUUUUGGGGGUUUUGCGUUGUCUAUAUCUUUGUCUUUACCUGCAAGACUGAUGCCGUCCUUGCGCUACCGCAUGGUCUCUCGAAAUUGAAGUUAGCGUAUUUACUUUACGCAGACGCAAGCAAAAAUCAAGGGUGUUGGUCGACAAUGCAAAUGCCUCGUUGCUGCUUCUCUACAUCAUUACCCCUACCCACGCCUUCAUACAGAACUUAGUAAUUACGCGGAGAUCAAAUUCGAGAGAUCGUACGGAAAUCUUUCUGCUGGUUAGGUAUUGUGGCUUGUUGGGCGCUGAGCGGGGCGUAUUGGAGGGUUAACCGAGGAGGGAAAGUUUGAGGUGGCGGGGAGGUUGCAGAAGGUGAGUU